AUGUCAACGGCAAUGGCACCACUGUUUUGUGAGUCUACUUCGAAUCCAACACCCAUCUUCUGGUUGGGUAUUAUUUCACCUGUCUUGAUUACAGCGUUCCAUCUCUUUCUGUAUGGGGUCUAUGUCGUGCUCUUCCAAAUUGGGAUAGUCGUGCUGAAAAGGCGGCCUGAUACUCCGGAUCGGCUCUUUCACCAAAUCACACUCGCCAUUCUAUUCUGUCUGACAUCGCUCAGUGUUCCAAUUAACCUGGUACAUGAUACCGCAAAUGUCGCAUUAUGGUUAUGGCCCUAUGAUGUGAUUAUGAAAGUUAAACACCUUGUGAUCAUACUAGGUAUCAUCCGUUAUGUGAUCCUCCUAUUGAUGGGCUUGACUGUGGAUGCGAUCCUGAUUUUUCGGUUCUUUGCUAUUUCAAGAUAUCAAAAACGCUUCAUGGUAAUCCCCAUAGUAAUCUUCAUAUCAAUUGACGCCGGGGCUAUGACAUCCGGGACAUGGGCUAAGGUGUCAUCAUUGUUCAAGCAGCCGGUCUCACCAGCAGACCCACGAUCUUCGUAUCUUGACAUUCUGACCAUGAUCUUCCUUGGCUGCAAUAUAAUUCUAACCCUCCUUCUAACUCUGGCAAUGGCGCGUCAAAUAUGGUUGGCCAAACGCCAGAAUCGAAUUCUUUUCCCUAACACCAGCGGAAAACGGUUCACUACGAUCAUCUCCAUUCUACUGGAGUCGUGUGCUUUAUAUAUCAUCUCCCUCAUUAUCUACGCUGUUGCCAUUCCGUUUUACGUUGAUUUGGGGUCAAUUAUGAUACAAAUCGGGGGGUUAGCCCCGACUCUUCUUAUCGUUCGCGCCAAUAUCCCACAGAACCAGGACAGGAACAUUGAAACUAAGCCGCGCCAUCUUCACCCUAAUCAGCGUGCUACUGCCCAUCCAGCGUCUUCAACUCACCCUAUUGUGUUGAACGUAGUUCGGGACACUUCUGGGGUUUGA